AUGUCAGCUUCGCGCACAGGAUCUACAAACCGAGAAAUCGUCGACGACCACGCAAAAUUUCGACCGCCUGCACUGGCCGACCCCGAAUCCAAGCAGUACAAAGAACUUCGAGUCGCGCACGCCCAAAUGACCAGCAAGGCGGCGAACCCAGAAUUCCCCCGACUCCAUGAAUGGUCAAGCUAUCGCUAUAUUGAGAACCUAUUAAAGGCGUGGUUCGACCUGCCCGAAUUCGGCCCAUACGUUGCUGUCGUACAGCAGGCGUAUCUCGCGAAAACAAAGGGAAAGGAAGAAAGGAAGGCCAAACCUCGCGGUGUCCCAGAUUUUGCGCUUGCUAUGUCGAUCCCUCGCAUCCCCGAGGAUGGGCCUCAAGCGUCUCCUAGUCCUCUCAUGCCUCAGGGUAGUGUGAGAUAUCAGGACCCCUUAAAAAUGUACUGCCUCCCUGCGAUAGUAGAAGUCAAACCGCUCCCAAGAAUGGAUUGCUCUGCCAGGGGAUUGUUCACGUACCUGAUCAAAAAUCAAUUUGAAGAAGCAAAGGCGCAACUCGCCUUGCAGGCGUCAGCACUGUUUCAGAAAUAUCCAACUUUGACUGAAGCCCUCCUUCUCGCAAUGAUAGGCGACUUUUGGGAAUAUUGCAUCGUCACAAGGGAUGACGUGAAAGAUCUCGGCGGAACUGCGUCCAACCAAAGUGGGCCUGGUAUUCGUCCGGAAGAAAAAGAAUCUGUAGCGGCAAAAACUUCGCGUACAGACCAGGAAGAGGAUGAGAACAGUUACACUGAAUCUGACAAGGGCCCGGGUCCAGGACGUGCAGCAAAUCCAGUUGUGCCACGCAAACUACCUUCACGGACUGCGGCAAAGACGGAGGAGGGCGUGUACGAUGACCCAAGCGAGAUAUCUUCCCCAGAAGAGGAUGACUUUGUGACGUACUUCACACCUGGGAGCCACACGAAGAACGCAGAAUCAGCCUUUUUUCGAGACAUAACAGAGGAAUAUAAGGCUCGAGUCCUGAAAGCCUGA